GUGCGCGGUAAAGGGGAUUUUGCGAAAUUUGACCUUGUCUUUACUCUGUUAGUUAGUUUCGAGAACGCAAUAAAAGUGUAAUUGCUCCGAUAAUCUUCCCAGUGAAAACACAAACACAAAUGUAUUUUUAAAAAUAUGAAUAAGUUGGUUCUGUUUCAAAUUUUGUCAUCUGAAGGAGGAUCCCAGCAAAUUCUACUUGUGAUACAUAUGAUCAAAAACAGAUUUCAAAAGCUACAGAAUAAUUAGGGCAGUACAUCAUGAAGUUCUCUGAAGAUUCAAGUGGAGUGCUUCAUUUAAAUUCGACUUCGAAUAAAACAGUCAAGGAAUAUGAUUGCCAAAAGGUUGGCAUAAAGCAUUCAUCCGUUGGAGAUGUAUGUGACGUUGUUGUAAGUCAGAAAAAUAUUAAUGAAUCCAAAGAAAGCUCAAGUGAUAGACAGAUGACGUUUACUUCAGCUGGUUCACAUUCAAACCACUCAAAUUUACACAGUUCAAGUGAAUAUCCACAGAAAGCAAGACGGUCGCUUUUAGACUGGGACAGUUUUAUAAAUCUACCUAAAAAGCCUCGAAAUCUGUCGUUAAAAACUGAUGAUUUAUCUCGAACGUUAGUUACAAAAACGACAGAUUCAAGAUCUCCAAUUAAAUCAAAACAAGAAGGUGAUAGUCGUGCAUCCCCUUGCUUAUCUCCUAUAAAAGCAAACGACUUUGUUGGAAAUGUAAAGUUAGCACCUCUUCGGUGUAGUACAGAACAUGACAAGUUAUUAACUAAUAGUGGCUAUUCGUCUUCCGAAGAACACAGUAAAAGUGUCCCUGCAAGGGGAGGCGAAUCAUCCGAUUUCAGCAGUCCUGAUUUCACUUUAUCAAGUAUCCCAGUUAAAAACCGUGCUGAAACGAGAAAACGAAGAUCGUCCCAUUUUGCCACUGCCUACAAUGACUCCGAAGUAUCUUCAGACCAGCUAGACAUACACUCUCAAAGGCAAAACCAAAAAAAAAUUCUCAUUGGCAAUCAUAACAGUAAAAAAAGAAAGUUGUCACCUUCAGUUCGAAUUCGCAGAACAAAAGACACUUUUACAUGCAUAGCAAAGGAAAAUUUGCACAACGGUGUGCAAUCGCCUGAUUUUGAUUUUGAUACCGGUAAUUCAAUACAUUGUCAAAAGGUGUCAUGUCGCUCUCUAUGUGGUGCCUGUGAUCAUGAUAAUCAUAUAUCUAAUGAAUUAAACUUAAGAGAACUCAGCGGAAGUAUUGCAUCUCAGCAAAAUCAUUCAUUGGCCAACAAUUCACUCACGAUUACUCAUGUGGCAACACAACGACCAUCUUUAAGAUUGAAAAAGUCAUCCAAACUUCCAAAGGAGGAGCUUAUCUCAACUCAAAAUCAAAGUAAUUUGGCUAACAAGUCCGUUUUUCAAUGUUUGUACUGCACGCGCCCAUUCUCAGAAAAACGAUAUCGACUAAAGCACAUGAUUGCUUGUCGGUUGGCUCCAAAAAACUUAACAAAGAAAAAAUUACACGAAAUUGGUCGAAUGUAUGAGUCUUCAUCGAUUUCAUCGGGAAGCCCUAAUCUAGUUAAUAAUGUCGAUGAAGAGAUAUCAAUAAGUAAUGGAGUUAUUUGUCAAGCAAAUCAGACUCUUCAAAACGGACAUUCAGACGAAAUAGAAAAUACUAUAAAAAAGGAUAAAAACUCCCCUGAAAAUUCAUAUCAAAAUAAUCCAAAGAUGAAUCAUGAUGUUGACUCAAAAUCAAAUCCAAUCACUCCUUUUCUGUCUACCACUACUAAUCCAUUUAUUAAUUCUGAUGAUUCAUUAAAAACAGAUCGUAAUACCUUAACUACUAAUACAUUUGAUUCUCACUUAGUCACAAAACGUUCAGAAAAUAAUUUAUCUUCUAAUAAUAAUGAACCAUAUGAAUCCGAUGAAGAUAUUUGGCAAAAUUACAGACCCUCUUACGGUGGACCUUAUACAUGUUCAUUUUGCUAUCGUGUGAUCCAUAAUCGUUCAAACUUUUCUAGACAUAUAGCCUCUUGUAAGGCUAGGAUUUCACUAAGUACGCGCAGUACCCCAAAACCAAAGCCUGCUGUACGGAGAAAUAAACGCAAAUUUCAUUUUGUGUUUACGCCUACUCACAAGGUGACACCACAGUUGAAGGAUUUAAGAAAAGAGUUAUUCAAGGGUGGGAUUUCGAAUACUGAGCUUAAUAAGGUUGAUCACCGACAUUCAAAUGGCGAUACAGACAAUAAUGAAAUUGCAAUGAAUUCAGGUGAUAAAUCACUGAAUUUUCGUGGUCUUGCUACGUUAGACAAGAAUGUGACUGCUUUAGUAAAUUCAGAAGACUCACAACAUGAUUGUACCGAUGAACAUCUGUUUUCGACUGGAUGUCAUCAGGACAACCCCACUGAAGAUGAACAGAAGAAUCGGUUGUCUCCAUCGACGAGUGGACUGGAGACAUCAGAGGGAACAACAACACCACCACCACCACCACCAACAACAACAACAACAACAACAACAGCAACAACAACAAUGACGACGACGACAACAACAACAGGAACAUCGAGUGAACAUGAUGUUUCGAAUGAAAAUUUAACUGCUACUCCCUUCAAAUGUAACAUGUGUUCAUUGAGUUAUCGCCAUAGAACGUCACUUUUACGUCAUGCACGUCAAUCGAACCACAAGGUGGAUCUGAUUAGGACUCGUAAGAGAAGAGACUCUGUGGAGAAUUAUAACUCUGGUAUAAGGAAAUCAGGGGAGUGUUUGAAUGGUGGUGGAUGCAUGGAUAAUGAGAUGAUAUCGAAUUUGACAUGGAAAGAAUGUUCAGAGUCGGUGACGUUGGAUUCCAAAGUUGUUGAGAAUGAGAAUAUCGGGCAGGUAGUUGGUGAGGUUGAUCACCGACAUUCAAAUGGCGAUACAGACAAUAAUGAAAUUGCAAUGAAUUCAGGUGACAAAUCACUGGAUCCUCGUGGUCUUUCUACGUUAGACAAGAAUGUGACUGCUUUAGUAAAUUCAGAAGACUCACAACAUGAUUGUACCGAUGAACAUCUGUUUUCGACUGGAUGUCAUCAGGACAACCCCACUGAAGAUGAACAGAAGAAUCGGUUGUCUCCAUCGACGAGUGGACUGGAGACAUCAGAGGGAACAACAACACCACCACCACCACCACCACCAACAACAACAACAACAACAGCAACAACAACAAUGACGACGACGACAACAACAACAGGAACAUCGAGUGAACAUGAUGUUUCGAAUGAAAAUUUAACUGCUACUCCCUUCAAAUGUAACAUGUGUUCAUUGAGUUAUCGCCAUAGAACGUCACUUUUACGUCAUGCACGUCAAUCGAACCACAAGGUGGAUCUGAUUAGGACUCGUAAGAGAAGAGACUCUGUGGAGAAUUAUAACUCUGGUAUAAGGAAAUCAGGGGAGUGUUUGAAUGGUGGUGGAUGCAUGGAUAAUGAGAUGAUAUCGAAUUUGACAUGGAAAGAAUGUUCAGAGUCGGUGACAUUGGAUUCCAAAGUUGUUGAGAAUGAGAAUAUCGGGCAGGUAGUUGGUGAGAUGAAACAAAUAUCUGAAACUCAUUCAUCAUCCAAUAAUUCAUGUAUCCUAACUGGAAAGACUUAUUCUCUUGGUUUACGAAGUCGCAGACUAUCAUUACAAUCUAAUCAAAGUAUCCGGAAUAUAGAAACUCCAUCUAUUAUAUCAAAGUUAAAUAGAAGAAAAAAUAGAUCAGUUUCUCCAUAUUCACUUCGUCAUCCACGUAUCGAAGAAGAAAUAUCUAAAUGUCGUCGAUCAUCGGUGUCUACACAAUCUUUAAGUGAUAAUUUAAUUGACGAUGUCAGAUCUAUCAUCUCAAAUGCAACAACUGUCCCAGCAUCUGAUUGUAAUUUAAAAAUCAAUGAAUCAUCAUCAUUAUUUACUUGUUCUUGGUGUAAUCGUUCUGGAUUUAAGUGUUGGCGUUACCUUCAAAUACAUCGUGCACGAUGUUCAUCUCAUCCAAAUCGAUCCAAUAAACAAAAAUCUAUUUUAUCGACGAACAAUAUGUCACAAGUUAAAACUUCUGUAAUUUGUGAACAGUGCAAUCGAGAAUUUCGAUCUGGAACUGGCUUAAAAGUUCAUCAAACUUUAAUGUCUCAUCAUAAUAAUAAAUCAUUCAUUCAUAAAAAUGAAUUAUCUAAUAACUUAUUAUCACAAUCUAUCGCUUGUCCAGGCUGUUCACAUGAUUCACCAUUAUUUGAAUCAACUGAAAAAUUAUUAAAACAUUUACUAACAUUAAAAUCAACAAAUACUACUACUAAUACUAAUCAUCAUCAUCAUCAUCAUCAUACAAAUCGUAGUCAGUAUUGGCCUACUGUAUUAUCAGUGCCUAAUUUAGGUUAUGGUUGUCAUAUAUGUGGAAUGUUACUUGCUUCAGAAUCACGUUUAGAUAAACAUAAAAAAGCUGUUCAUGAAGUAUGGCUUUUUCAAGAACAACAAAAUAUUAGUCCAAGUAAAAAACUAUCUACUACUUCAUAAAUAUAUUUGUAUUUAUAUUACGUGAUUGUUAUAGUUGAAUGUCUUCAUUUUCUCUUUCCUUUUUCUUGUUUUAAAAACAUUAUUAGUAUUUUAUCAGACAUAGUUAUCGUUUUUGUAAGUAGUCAACUAUCUGUAAAUUUGUGUAAUAACGAUAAUGUGUAUAUUAAUCUCUUCUUAAUUCUUUCUCUUUCAAAACUUUUUCUCUAUUAUUACGUAAUAAUAACAUGAUGAUGAUGAUUAGUGAUGAGAUAAAUUACAAUGAUUAGUCGAAUGAUAAUGGAUCAAGACGAUAUGAAUAUUUGUAAUUAGUACUUAUUUAUGCAUUCAUUCAUGUAUUUUUGUGUGUACUGUUUCUAGGCUUUUUUUAAUUAAAAUUUUUAUUUAACCUUAUUUUUUUAAAAAAAAACAAACAUAUUUUCUGUGUUAGAUAUACUACUGAGUAGGAUUAAUUUUAAAAAUAAUGAAUGUAUAUUAAAAGAAAAAUACUCAGCAAAUUUUUCAUGUUUACUUCGUUAACUCCUAAACUUUUUUUUUAAGUUUAAACUCAGUUUUCACCACUUUGCCUUUGUAUUCCUCUGCUCACUCAUUCACUCACUCACUCUACUUAAUUAUUUGUGACUCAUUCCAUCUUAUCUCUGUAACCUUACUAUCACAUCAUUAACAUCUUUCAGAAGUAAAAAAAUCUUUUUUAUCAUAAACAAAUCAGAUGUAUGUUUUUCAGUUUAUAAGAUUAUUAUGCUUUUUAACUAGUACUGUUAUCAUUAAUUAUAAUUCUAUUAUGUACAGUUUAUAGUGUGAAAAUUGUUUUGCAUCUUUAGUAUUUGUUAUUUUGUUGUGUUUUCUCCCUCCCAGCGUAUUUCUUCUGUUCUCUUAGAAAACCACGAGAAAAUUGUAACUGUGGCAAUGAAUAGUGAGAGAUGGCGGAAUAAAGAGAAAAGAGUUUCUUUUUUUUCUGCUUAGGAUUUUUUAAUGAAUCGUUCUUUUGUAUGAAAAUAAUAAAUUUAUUCGUUUGCUUUUUAUCAUUGUUGUUGUUGUGGUGGUGGUGGCGGUUAUAGCUGUACCAUUUCUAGUGGAUAUAUUUUAAUGCAAACACUUCUAGGUUUGUGUUUCAAUUAUUCCCUCUCUCUUCUCACUCGUCUACUCUGUAUUUUUUAUUUACUUAUUUUACAAUGUGUAUCAUUUUCUCUUUUUGUAUGUGUUAAAGGAGAAUAAAUUUUUUUUUAAUGACAAAAACUA